AUGGGUGUUUGCCAGUCGUGCUGCGGCGGGAAAUCUCGCGAUGGACUCUACGAACCCCUACUACAAGAAUCCGAGCGAGAGGCAGUAUCCGAUCUUCUGCAAUAUCUUGAGCAUCGCGGAGAGACCGACUUCUUCUCAGGCGAGCCUCUUCGCGCCUUGAGCACCCUCGUCUUCUCCGACAACAUAGAUCUCCAGAGGAGUGCGAGCUUGACUUUUGCCGAAAUUACGGAGCGAGAUGUCCGAGAAGUUGACCGAGAUACUCUGGAGCCGAUCCUCUUCCUCUUACAAAGCCCGGAUAUUGAGGUCCAACGGGCUGCCAGUGCAGCCUUGGGAAAUCUUGCCGUCAACACUGAGAACAAAGUCCUCAUCGUGCAGCUUGGAGGCUUGACACCACUCAUACGCCAAAUGCUAUCUCCUAACGUCGAAGUCCAGUGCAACGCCGUUGGAUGCAUCACGAACCUCGCUACACAUGAGGAUAACAAAGCAAAGAUCGCACGAUCUGGCGCGCUUGGCCCAUUAACACGCCUGGCGAAAUCGAGGGACAUGAGAGUUCAACGGAAUGCAACCGGUGCUCUGUUGAACAUGACACACUCUGACGAGAACCGCCAACAGCUUGUGAACGCAGGCGCCAUCCCUGUAUUGGUUCAACUCCUCUCAUCUCCCGACGUCGACGUCCAGUACUAUUGUACCACCGCUCUGAGCAAUAUCGCCGUAGACUCCAACAAUCGACGGAAACUUGCAUCGAGCGAAACAAAGCUCGUCCAAUCCUUGGUGAACCUCAUGGAUUCCUCCUCGCCCAAAGUCCAAUGCCAGGCCGCCCUGGCACUCCGUAAUCUGGCAUCGGACGAGAAAUACCAACUUGACAUUGUCAGAGCUCAAGGCCUGAACCCAUUACUUCGGCUUCUCCAGUCGUCCUACCUACCUCUUAUUCUUUCCGCAGUCGCCUGUAUACGGAAUAUUUCGAUACACCCCAUGAACGAGUCUCCUAUCAUCGAAGCAGGGUUCUUGAAGCCUUUGGUGGAUCUGCUUGGGUCAACGGACAACGAAGAAAUUCAGUGUCAUGCCAUCUCGACGCUUCGCAACCUGGCCGCAAGCUCAGACAGGAACAAGGCACUUGUUCUCGAGGCCGGUGCAGUCCAGAAGUGCAAGCAACUAGUUCUCGAUGUCCCGGUUACUGUCCAGUCCGAGAUGACAGCUGCCAUUGCGGUUCUAGCACUCUCGGACGACUUGAAGACUCACCUGUUGAACCUAGGAGUCUUCGACGUACUCAUUCCCUUGACUCACUCGCCAAGCAUUGAAGUUCAGGGCAACAGUGCUGCGGCUCUGGGUAAUCUGUCAUCUAAGGCAGUUGGUGAUUACUCCAUCUUUAUUCAGGACUGGAAGGAGCCAAACGGUGGCAUUCACGGAUAUCUGAGCAGGUUCCUUGCUAGUGGCGACGCUACGUUCCAACAUAUCGCCAUCUGGACCCUGUUACAACUGCUCGAGUCGGAGGACAAGACCUUGAUUGGGCAGAUCGGCAAAUCGGACGACAUCGUCGAGAUGAUCAAGCAGAUUGCAGACCGCCAAAUUGAACCCGACAACGAAUUCGCCGACGACGAUGAUGAAGGCGAGGUCGUCAAUCUCGCACAGCGCUGUUUGGAACUGUUAGGGCAGAGCAUGUCCAAGGCGCAUAUCGAGGGCUGA